GCAAAAACCCUUCCUGUCAGUAGAGAGAGAGACUGUAUAUAAAGUGCAGCUCGUUACAGAGCACUGGUCAGGGCUAGUGACUGACUGACGCUGCUGAGGAAACUCUACAGUCAGCUAAAUACAAACAGGUGUUAGAUACAGAGACAGAGACCGCAGAACAGCAUGGCCACCGCAGCUAAAAAAGACACAGUAUGGAUCGGGUUCAUGGACAUCGUUCCGGUCAUCGGGGCGGUCAGAGAGGCAGUGGAGCUGGUGUUGGCUCUGUACGAAGGGAAUAAAGCGGUGAUAAAGGAGAAAGAGAAGGCCGUUGAAAACCUUGUGAAAGAGUCAUUAAAAAAACAUGGGAAAUUGACGACUCUACGUGAUAAACCACCACCAGCACCAGCAGCAGCAGCAGAUGAGUUUUCUGGACUCAGAAAUGUGAGAGAGGUCAGAAUGGAAAUGAUUAUUGAAUAUGUGGUCAAAGGUUCCAAAAAGGGAACAAAACCUCCAAUUUCAGUUGAGCAGAAAGCGAGAGAGAAAAGAGUGGAGGCUAUUAAGAAAGACAUGUUAGAAAAGAUCCGUAUCAUCAAACCAGACUUCAAUCAGGAGCUGGAGGAACAACUGAAAAGGUCAAGAAGAGGCGAACAUGUCUUCAACAAUGACAUCCUUAGAUUUCAUUCCAAGGUGCUGACUGAGUUUAUACAAAGACAUAGUAUUAAUAAUCGACAAGGAUAUAAUCAGCAGGCAAUGAAUGAUUUAGGCAGACACACACUUACCCAAAACACAGCAAAUGAGAUUCAGACAAACAUGGUGGUUCACUUUGGUGAGGAUGAAUUCUAUGUGAAUGCGAAUGGAGUGAUGUAUGGUGAAUAUUGCAGAGCACUGCGUGAUGCUAUGUUAGAUUUGCUGGGCCACAUAAACCCAGUCAACGUGACACCAGUGGACAGAGAAAGGGUGAAUACUAUCAUAGGUGAUAUGAAUAACCUUGAAAUCUAUGUGGACCAACUGGCAAAGGUCAGUUGGAUUGCCAAUACUGCGACUAAACGGACCCGGUUUGAUAAUGUAAGACAGGAAGUUGUGCACAUGUAUCACACAGGUCGUGGGGUUGACUGGUGCAUUCGCAUUCUGAAUGAAGUUAGCACCUUUGUUUGAACAUGGACAGUGAGUUUAUUUCUCCUGUUCAGGGUUGCCAGGUUUCCUUUCACAAUUUCCAGCUCAACUACAUCCUAAACCACAGACCUGAAACUAGCUCAGAAAGUUUGGACACCAGAAGAAACAGACACCAGUUUUUUUAUUUCCAAACAAAAGUUCACUGUGGUGUGCGCACAUUUGUAUAUUUGCAAUAUUUCCAACACACUUAGUGUUAGCGUUCUGUCAUCCGCUGCCUGUUAUGCCUGUGAUCCUCUCCCAGCCUGUGCAGAAAUAGCUCCGUACAUCUUCCACACAUUACACUUUCCCUUUGCUUUGCUUAACACCACCCAUGGACUUGCUUUUUCUACCACAACCUUGUUCCAAAACUGAAAAAUCUGACUUUGGCAACCCUGCUCCUCAAAAUGAUCCAUUUUACUCCCAAAAAAAAAAAAAAAAAAAAAGAAUUUCCAACAUAAAGAUUAAUGCACGCCGCUAAAUAUCUGUAACUAAAAUUUAAAGCUGAGCCUAAUAACAGGUUGAAGUUUAGUUCUUAUUAAAAUGAUUGUGUAAAUGUGAAGCAGAACGGGGGUGUUGGAGGCGUCUCUAUUCCUCCUCCUUUUAUUCCCUCCAUCGCUGAUGUUAACCACCUGAUCAGGAGGAUUCACCAUCAUGUGCAGAGACUAAAUAUUAAUGAUUAUCAUCCAGCCAUCAGGUCUUUUAAUGCAGCACUUAUUCUCCAAAGACUAAAUAUGUUUGAGCUUUGUUGAGAUAUGUUUGUAUAUUUGGGUAUGUUAUGAGUUUAUAUUACAGAUGUAUACAUUAUUAUUCGACUUUAUAGCACAGCUUAUAGCUUAUUACACAGACAUCCUUGCUGUUACUGUGAACUUUCUUCAAUUUUCAGAUGAUUCAUGCUGAUGACUGAAUUAUGAUAUUUUACCAUUUACUCUAAUUAUCUGAUUAUGGUUACUAACUCAUUUUGUUUAGCAAAUCUCAUUGUGAUCUGUUGUAUCAAAUUGUUUCUAAUGCAGAAUUCCUGGAAAGCAUGCUGAGCUGCAUUUACAUGUAUGGAACAAGGAAAUGCGUUUAAAAUAAAAUAAAGUGAUUACUAACAGCA